AUGGUUUCUAAAAAACUACCAGCCAAGGCUGGAGUCAGCUCCAAGGCUGCGAAAGAGGCCGACCUGGUCAUGGGGACCAAUAACAGUAGUAUCGUGUCCAAGCGCAGCGUCGAAAUGCUCUACUACCCGAAACCCCAUUUCUUCCGCUACUUCGUGAAAAGGCCCCAGAGGCGGUCGCCUUUGAUCAACCGUGGAUAUUGGCUCCGUAUGCAUGCGAUGGCAGAGACAGUGCGUCAGUUCAUGAAAGAACCAUCGGAUAGACCCAAGUUUGUCUUAAAUCUUGGCUGUGGAUUAAACACAACAUUCGUGGACAUCGACUAUGAGAAGCUUAUGGUCAAUAAGAAAACCGCCAUCCAAAGCUCGGACGACAUCAUUCGACACCUCGAGGAUGUAGAAUUCUUCCUGGACACCGACCCCAUCCAAAUCCGCAGCAAGAGAUACCUGGCCGUUGGCUGCGACUUGAAGAACUUGGAAAAGUUGGACAAAGUGCUGAGGACCAAAAUCCUCCCCGAACGGUGCUCGGUGCUGUUUCUCGCCGAAGUAUCUCUGACGUACAUGGACGUGAAGUCCGCCAACGCUGUUGUCAAUUGGGCUUCGAAGCUGAGUGAUGACGCCCAAUUCUGCAUUCUGGAACAGUUCUUUCCAGAUGGCCCUGACCACCCUUUCGCGUCGACGAUGAUGAAACACUUCAAGAAGCUCGGCGCCCCUCUGUAUUCGAUCCAUAAGUAUCCAUCUUUGAAGGAACAGGAAAAGCGGUUCACGUCUGCGGGCUGGGCCCAAGCAAAGGCACGCAGUCUCUGGGAGCUAUGGUCCGACGAUCACUUUGUUCCCAGUUCCCUGAGGAUGUCCCUGGACGCCAUCGAACCCUUUGACGAGUGGGAGGAAUUUGCGCUCUUCGCUUCGCAUUAUUUCCUUUUACGUGCUUCUACGAGGCCGGAUUCUACACUGGAUAUCCACGACGCGGCGGAAAACGAGGCAAUGGACGUGUCCCGCCAGUUCACUUUACUCCCGAAACCAUCUGCUGGGGGUGGACAGAGACGUUUCGGAGCUCUCAUCUCGGAUGGUGCACACUCGGUUGGCCACUAUGGGGGUUUGGGCCGUCAGACACGACUAGCGUCAACAGAUCUCUACGCCAACUCUGACCGGAUUACUUUUCCUCAGCAUGCCUUUCCUUCGGGGGAUGUGGAGGCACGAAUGUGCCAUACUUUGACUGACUUGAAGGACAACACCUGCUUGCUCGUUGGCGGUCGCGCUUCGCCCGCUACUGUGUUCCAGUAUUGCUGGUACCGGGCAAACGACCAGUGGCGCGCCGUCAAAGACAUGCCGGAUCCUCGGUUCAGACAUAGCGCCAUCAAGGUGACACUCAACACCGAAUACGUUCUUAUAUACGGUGGAAAGGCAUCGGGGGGUAAGACGCUUGACACAUGGUUGUUGUGGGAUAGCAACAGCAAUCAAUGGCAGUCCGUCGAAACUAAAGAACCCAAUCUCAAAGCUCGUUUCGGAGCUUGUCUUGCUGCUGUUGACGACACAUCGGGCGUCAUGUUCGGCGGUAUGGGACAAGAUGGCACCAUAUUGGAAGAUUUUUGGGUAUGGAAACUGCACCAGCGAAAUGACGGGUCUUGCUUUUUGGAGCUGGAAGAGCAGACAGAAAGGUUACGGGCCUCUCCUUUGUUCAAGUACUUGAACCGGUUCGGAGCGACUGUCAGUCAGUCUUCGCAAGGAUUGAUUAUUGUCGGUGGGAUCAUUCCGCGGCAAGUUGUUCCAUUUCAUAAAGAAAUCAUGUUGUUGGAUACAGCAGGGUUGACGAGGGGUUCUGAAAAUGCAUCCUCCGAGGGCCAGAUAAUAUCUGCGAUCGGAUUAGGUGCCAACUUCGAAAGCCCGAGACCACUCCUCGUCGGCCAUGUCUCCCGCGCUGUCGACUCUGACCAGAUCCUGAUCUUGGGAGGCGGGGCUGUUUGUUUUUCCUUUGGUACAUUUUGGACUGAGGGGACAUGGCUGUUGCAGAAGGCCACUUCGAAUACGGAUAACAACUGGGCUCUCGUCCCAGAAUCUGUCCAGCAAACGCUAUCGCAGACCCAGGCCAUCUCAGGAGUGUCAGGGUUGGAAGCCGACACGACGAAGGAGAAAAGCGGCAGUGAGAUCACCACGGUGCCUCGUGUACGCGUUGAAACAGCCUCGCAGUUCCAGAGUGUCUUGGCUGACGGCAAGCCCGUAAUCAUUACAGGAUCCGAUAUUGGACCCUGCACGGAGCUCUGGACGCAGGAAUAUCUAGCCAAUGCUGUUGGCCGUGACCGCAAAGUUGUCGUGCAUGAAGCUCAAUCGGAAAACAUGAGCUUCCAGUCUAAGAAUUUCUCCUACGUGACCAAAGCAUUUGGCACAUUUCUGGACGAGGUCCACGCCGGGGGUCGCCAGUAUCUCCGCAGUAUAUCUGCCGAAGAACCGAGUAAACUUCCCGCGAAUCUCGCGUUAGACUUUCCGGGUCUGGAGAAUGACUUUCGGCUACCGGAGCCAUUUUCACUGGUGACCGAGCGGGCCCAUAGCUCCCCGCUUAGGAUAUCAGGCCCGGUUACGCUGUGGCUUCAUUACGACGUGAUGGCGAAUGUCUUGUGUCAGAUUCGUGGCGACAAGAGACUCAUUCUCUUCCCACCCAGAGAUGUGGAGCACCUCCAGGUCCCUGCAGGCGCAUCGAGCUCUACUUUGAAUAUCUUCCAAGACAGGCAGGACGGAUCGAUUAUCCCAGUGCCGAACACUUCACCGCACGAGGCAGUUUUAACACCUGGUGAUAUUCUGUUCUUGCCGCCUCUCUGGUUACAUACGGCUGCUCCAACCGGACAAGUCAGCGUUGCGGUCAAUGUUUUCUUCCGUAAUUUGGAUAAGGGAUACGCGGCGGGUCGGGACGUCUAUGGGAAUCGCGACCUGCAUGCGUAUGAGAAAGCACGGAACGACUUGCAAAAGAUUGUGAGAUCAUUUGACGGCAUCCCGCAGGACAUGGCGCAAUUCUACCUGCUCAGACUCGCACAAGAGUUCAAGGAAAAGAUCCUGGUUUAA